GGAUCCCUGCACCACAACAAAGUCGCCGUGUUGCAUUCACGGGAGCAUCCGCGAUGGCGCUCCACAGCGGCGAGAUUGUAAAAGUCUCCCUCCUGUGAACGAUUUAUAAGAGAAUGGACUCGCCCUAUUCGGUAUUCCAGAUCAGAUCAGAUUGAGUUCCUCCUCUGACAGGACAAUCGAAAUGGGUGCCUCAUGCUGCGAAAAGUCCCCUUCGACGAACGAGCCCGCCGUUGGGGCCCACGAUCACGACGAUAAUGAAGAAGGGCAAGUCCACGCCCAUGAGACCCAUGAUCAUAGGCCCAAAACCAACGCGAGCGAGGACCGUGCGAGCGACACCCAUGGCCACAGCCACAGCCACGACGAGGGCGCCGAAAUUAGAUCCCUGGCUACGGGGACGACUUGCUGCGGAACCGAAGAGCGCUGCGAUGAAAAAUGCAUCUACGCUGCUGCUGCGCUCGAAUGCGGCAAGGCUUGCGCCGGCGACGACGACGACCCCGACAAGGAAACGCACCGGCACGAGCACGAUGAAGGGGGCCACAUGGCUAACACGGCGUGCCCGAGCCACAUCCAGAUGGCCGUGGACAAAUACACCAGCUAUCUCCAACAGCUGCGCUGCAUUUGUCGAGAUGCGUUGCGGGAGUCCUCUUCGACUGAGAUUUGUUGCGGCAAGAAGACAAGCAGGAAACAACCCAAGACAAAGAGCUGCUGCGGUGAUAUGGGCUGCACUGGCAAAAACAACAAUCAGGAUCCCUCUAAAUUCGAGCCCUCUGGCUUCGCGCACCAGGAGGUCGACCUAGAACAGACCGGCAACAUGGAGACGGUGCACUACCUCGUCUCCGGCAUGGACUGUACAUCCUGCGCCGACAAGCUCAUGACCAUCUUCAGCGCCAUGCCAGGCGUGUCCUCGCCUCGCGUCAACUUUGUAGUCGGCCGCGGCGAAGUGCAUGUUGACACAUCCGUGACCAGUGCAGACGAAGUCCUGCGCUUCGCAGCGACGGCGAGCAACUUCUCUCUCGUCAAGGUCGUCGGUGGUGAUUUCUACCUCGACGUCCUCGCUGGGCCUGCCGAAGCUAGGAAGUUGACCGAGCAACCGCCACAGGGUGUGACGGACGCACAAAUCCUGGACAGAAAGACGGUUCGUCUCGCCUAUGAUCCGACAGUCACCGGCGCGCGCGAUCUCCUCGCGUCUCUUCAGGGCCAGUGUCAGGGGCUAGCUGAACCACGAGGCGAUUCGCAGCUUGAAAACAGCCGUCGCCGUCUUCGGGAUCAGUUGUACAAGACCCUUCUCGCUGCGCUGUUCACAAUCCCCGUGACGGUGUUAGCAUACGCCAACGGCCUCGUGGACAAACAGACCAAGGGCAUCGUCUCCAUUGUCCUCGGCACAUGCGUACAGAUCAUCGCCAUACCCGAGUUCUACCGCCCCGCCCUGAGCGCCCUCUGGUACAGCCACAUCGUCGAGAUGGACAUGCUCGUCGUCAUGAGUAUCACGGCUGCCUACGGAUACUCUGUCGUCGCCUUUGGCUUCGAGAUGGGCCAUCGACCCCUCGAGCAGGGCGACUUUUUCGAGACAAGCAGCAUGCUCAUCACGUUGAUCCUCAUGGGCCGUCUGGUCGCUGCGUUUGCGCGGGUGCAGGCUGUCGCGGCUGUGUCACUGCGAUCCCGGCUGAGCAGCAGUGCUCUUCUUGUCACCUCAGCAGGCGCCCAGGAGAUUGACGCGAGGCUCCUACAGUAUGGCGACAGCUUCAAGGUCCUGCCGCACACGCGUGUACCUACAGAUGGCGUUGUGACUCUUGGUAAAACAGAGGUCGACGAGUCUAUGCUCACGGGCGAGUCCAUGCCUGUGCUCAAGAAACAAGGCGACGACCUGAUUGCCGGCACUCUUAAUGGCGACGGCAUUGUGACCGCACGGCUGACACGUCUACCCGGCAAGAACACAGUGACCGACAUUGCGCAGCUCGUGGAGGAGGCAGCCAACUCCAAGCCCAAGCUGCAGGACCUGGCGAACAAGGUAGCCAGUUGGUUCGUCCCCAUUAUGGCCGCCAUUGCCGUGCUGGUCCUGGUCAUCUGGCUCGCGGUUGGUCUGCGCGUGCUCGAGUACAGCGCCGGCCGAAGCAUCGGCACGGCCAUCACGUACACCGUGGCCACACUGGCCGUAGCCUGUCCCUGUGCGCUCGGCCUGGCGGUGCCCAUGGUUAUUGUUGUCGCUGGCGGGAUCGCUGCCAAGGGUGGCGUGAUUAUCAAAUCAGCAGAGACCACGGAGCGCGCGAGGAAGAUCACCGACGUGGUGUUUGACAAGACUGGGACCAUCACGGAGGAUGAUCUCGCGGUUGUCGAGCAGGUCAUUCUCGCGGAUGUACAAGAGGACGAGGCUGUUUCGUUGACAAGGGCUUUGGUCGCAGGAGGCAAGCAUCCAGUCUCAGCUGCCAUGGAGAAGUACCUGGCAGCACAGUCCUCUGUUGCUGCUGCAGUUGUGUCUGGUAUCCGUGUGAUUCCUGGUGCUGGCAUCGAAGCACGGUACCAGGAAAACACCGUCAAAGCUGGCAACGCCGAGUGGACUGGCACAUCCAAGGUUACAGAGGUUGCACGUGUCCAAGGAUCUGGCCUUACCACGCUGGUGGUGACUUUGAACGGCACACCUCUGGUCGUGUUUGGACUCCGCACUCAAAUCCGCCGCGAGGCAUUGGGCGUGAUAGAAGGGCUCAAGUCUCGCAAUAUUGCCGUCCACCUCGUAUCAGGCGACCAAAUCCUGGCAGUACAAGCCGUUGCACGGGCAGUGGGCAUCCCCCCAGAGAACGUCGCGGGUCACUGCACACCACCAGAGAAGAGAGACUACGUAGGGGCUCUGAUGAGCGCUCCCGCCAAGUACGUCAUGUUCUGCGGCGACGGGACAAACGACGCUGUGGCCGUCGCGCAAGCCGACGUGGGCGCGCAGAUGGGCGGCGGCAAGACAUCGAGCGACGUGACGCAGGGAGCCGCCGACGUGGUGCUGAUGAAGGGACUCGAGGGCAUCCCGUUCUUGCUCCGCGUCAGCAGGGCCGCCUACCAGCGCAUGGUGUUCAACUUUGUCUGGGCGGCCGUUUACAACGUGCUGGCCGUGACGAUGGCGAGCGGCGCCUGGGUCGCGUUCCGCAUCGAGCCCCAGUAUGCGGGUGCUGGCGAGAUGGUGAGCGUGCUGCCGGUCAUUCUGGCGGCUGUGUCCAUGUUUGUGCUCAAUCUGAGGCGGGGGGAGGAUGUGCAAUGAGUCUUAAGGGUUUCUGUGUGGGAUGGCAGUCU